GCAGCGGGGAUGCUGCCGCCGCUGCCCGUGAGGGGACAGCGGGCGGCCGCGGCGCCCGGCGGGGUGAGCGGCCCCCGAGGAGCCCCUUGGCAGCGCUAGGGCCGGGCGGGGGGGGGGGGGUGGGCGGCUCCGGCCGCCACCUGCUCGGCAGCGGAGGCGCAGCGCCAAGGCGGGGGCGGCCGGGCCAGCCGCAAAGGGCCGCUGCCCUUCCUCCUCCUCCUCCUCCUCUUCCUCCUCCUCCGGGCCAGGCGCUGGGCACCGGCCCCCGCUGGCGGGGAGGCGGCGGCAGGGAGGGGGAGCGCGGAGCCCCCCCCGCCCCCGUCCGAGCCCGAGCCCCUGCGAGGCGCCGACGGCAUCGCGAAGGGGGCGGCCGGCUCUGCCCCACGGAGGGAGGAUGCCCGUGCUCCGCAAGGCGCUGCGGGUCUCCAAUCGCUCCAUGCUCGCCUUCAUCUUCUUCUUCUCCUUCUCCUCCUCCUGCCUCUACUUCAUCUAUGUGGCCCCCGGCAUAGCAAACACGUAUCUCUUUAUGGUGCAAGCUCGUGGUAUCAUGUUGAGAGAAAAUGUAAAAACAAUAGGACACAUGAUCAGAUUGUACACUAACAAAAACACUACAUUGAAUGGAACAGAUUAUCCUGAAGGAAACAAUUCUAGUGACUGUGUCGCUCAAACAACAAUGUAUCUUCCAGAAAACUUCACUUACUCUCCUUACCAGGCUUGUCCAGAGAAGCUGCCUUACAUGAGAGGCCUUAUUGACGUCAAUAUGAGUGAAAUUAGUUUUGAUGAAAUUCAGCAGCUAUUUUCAAAAGACUUAGACAUUAAACCAGGAGGACACUGGAAACCAAAAGACUGUAAGCCACGAUGGAAGGUGGCAAUCCUCAUUCCUUUUCGGAAUCGCCACGAGCAUCUUCCAAUUUUUUUCCGGCAUCUGAUACCUAUGUUGCAGAAGCAGCGGCUGGAAUUUGCCUUCUAUGUUGUUGAACAGACAGGUACACAACCUUUUAAUCGUGCAAUGCUCUUUAAUGUUGGCUUCAAGGAGGCUAUGAAGGAUGUUGUCUGGGACUGCAUUAUAUUUCAUGAUGUGGAUCACUUACCUGAAAAUGACCGUAAUUAUUAUGGGUGUGGAGAAAUGCCACGUCAUUUUGCAGCAAAGCUGGACAAAUACAUGUACAUUCUUCCAUACAAUGAGUUCUUUGGUGGGGUAAGUGGACUGACAGUGGAGCAAUUCAAGAAGAUCAAUGGAUUUCCUAAUGCCUUUUGGGGAUGGGGUGGAGAAGAUGAUGAUCUUUGGAACAGGGUUCAUUAUGCUGGAUACAACGUAACAAGACCAGAGGGAGAUUUAGGGAAGUACAAAUCCAUUCCUCAUCAUCACAGAGGUGAAGUCCAGUUUUUAGGACGAUAUAAACUUCUGAGGUAUUCCAGAGAACGUCAGUAUAUUGAUGGGUUGAACAAUUUAAUAUAUACUCCUAAAAUACUUGUCAGUAGAUUGUAUAAAAAUAUAACUGUUAAUCUCAUACCAGAACUCGCUCCUGUUAGAGACUAUUGAUGGAAAUGGAAUGACAAAGCAACCCUACUGGAGCAAACUUUUAACACUGGAAGAUACUAAUAGACAGUAUAGACACUGUAAAACAAAACGAAACAAAAACAAGAACAAUAAAAAAACUCUCACAACAAACAGCAGCUUAGAAUUAGGGAUUUUGACCAUUGAAUGAUAUGAUGCAUAUUUGGGAUGAGAAAUAAAAUUAUUGUAUGCACCAUGCAUUUUGUUCUGAAAGAAAAGCCAGCAGCUACUACUCAGAUGUUUACAGCAUGAGACAACUGUUCAAGCCUUCUUCCUUCAUAUUCUCUAUAAUAACCACACAACUAAAUAAAUUUCAGAAAACAGACUUCUAGAUUCACUGGAAGUAGAGACAGAUCCUUCUUCCAACAUUUUAUUUUAUACUGAAUUACUCCCUUCCCCCCCCCCCCCCCCCCCAUAUUUAAAUGAAUGCUUUUGUUCCUUUUUAAAAUGUGUUUUGUAAAUAUGUGAUGUAAAUUAAUGUGUGUACAUUGCUUUUAAAUUGCUCAGUAUGCUUCAGUAUGUAUUUGAGGGUGUUCUCAUUUGAAUUCUAUAGGAAUGUUUUUAUUAGCAUGAAAGAACAAGUGUAAAAUGUAAGUAUGCUUAAAAAAAGGUUAUACCUUAUGUGAAAUGAAGGAAAUAUUAAUUGUUGGCCAGCUAUGACUGUAAACUGUUAUACUAGUUUUGAGCUCUAGGCCUCCUGCGUAUCUAUAUAGAAGAAUCAAUUUCAUAUAUGAACUUGCUUGAAAGAAAGCUUUUAAUUUUAUUUAUUGCCAGCAAAACUAUAUGAUACCCUGCCUGCCAUCUAAAUCAUAUUUAUAUACGUAUUGCAUGUGUAUUAUGAAAAAUCUUGCGAUUGUUGCGUAUUAUGAUCUACACGAACUCUAACUGUUUCCACGUGUGCCACUAGUGUCAAUGUCAGGGAUUUUAAUGCCUAAAACAAUGUGUCUGGGUGCAUACAGUAUUUUGGUAUUGUUCUUUUUUUUUUUUCUUUUUUAAAUCCUAGUAAACAGCACUUUUAUUCCUCCAAAAUCAGAAGAGCCAAAAAUGUGUCUUCAUUGGAAGAAUAUUAAAGUUAGAUUUUUAAGAAAAUAAUAAAACAUAGUUCUAAUGCUUGCAGUGUGGGAUUUUCAGAAGCACAGUGUGGGCCAAAUUGUUCCACUUACAAAGGCAUAAGUGGAACUGAAAAUAGGCCAGUCCCAAGUGCUUUUUAAAAUUCCACCCAUAAUAUAUCAAUAUAGCUAUUUAAGGGCCUAUUCUGGUAGAGUGCUGAAUGCUUUUAUGAUGCACUAAGUAUCCUCAAGUCUAUGACUUUGAAUGAGAUUGAGGUUGCACAGUCCCAGUAAGGACUGGUCCUGUCUGUUUCUCUAUUUUUGUGGUGUUAAAUAUAUGAGUAACUAGCCUCUCUCCUUAGCUUAGAACAAAAAACAUAUCUUCUUAUUUUCUGUUUGCUUGUAAUGUUAAGCUACCUAAUACUAUCUCACUUCUAAGUAUUAUCUUUUCCUGUUUUUUUUUUUUUACAUCCCUUGUUAAUACUAAGGAAAAGGACUGAAUCAUUUAUUUUCUAUGUCAAUGCAAAGAAUACUGACCAAGAUCUCCUAAACUGUUUUGUUUGUCACAGUUAUUCAACUCUUUAGGAACCAAAGACUGACUUCUGCUCCCAUGAAGAAUGGAAAGCAGUAUAUAAUAAGGAUUGUUUAUCCAUAGAGUGUUCUGUAAUAGUGUUGACAAAGAAUACUAACUCAUUUCUAUGUGUUGCUGCCACAGAUAGUGUGGUGCUGUGUAUAUUUGAGUUUGUUUGCCAUAAACACCUUUUAUCUCUUUGACAUCCCAGCAGCAAAUUUUACCCUUAGUCAUUUUUAAGUAAAGUUACAAUCUUAGUUGUAGACAUCCCAAAUAUUUUGUAGAAAUAUAAGAUAUAAUGGAAGUAGUUGAGAACAAUUGUAAAGGGAUAUUUUAAACCUUAUGAGAAUUACCCUAAAAUCUGCCAGUUAAUAUAGUAUCCUUUAGCAAUGAUGCAAUGAAAAUAAUAAAAAAAAAAAGUAUAAAGUGAACAGAACAUCCUUAAAAAGCAUGCUUAAGUGGUUUGACCACCUCCUGGUGUAUUUUUCUAUAACUGGGUAUAUAGAAUAUUCUGAAGAAUAUGGAUAAGGGUAGAUAAUAUAAUGUAUGUACAACUACAUCUUCAAAAUAAAACCGGUCUUAUUUCAUAACAAUAACACAAUUCUUCAAGAACUGUUGAAUAAAUUUUUAAAUCCUUCAUAUAAUUUUGAAGUGAUAUCUGGUUUUCAGUACAAGUUCACUUACGGUUUAACACUUACGAUUAUUAAACAUCCUUCGGUACUGUAGGUCUACCAUUUUCUGAAGCAUGCUUUGGUGCCCAUUUGUUAGGCAUUCUGUGAAAUUAAUGUGCAAUUUU